AUCUCAAAACAUCAUCUAUCAUCUGAUCUAGCUCUCUUUGCUGAGCUCGGGUUUGCACGCAGAAUCGGACAGCCGUCGACACCAACGGAGUCAAGCAUCUCCACUCAUUUGAAAUCUUCGCCCUCUUUGUUCCGCUCGGAGAAUAGUCCACCACCAAUACUGAGCCAAGCGCGCGCCCUGCUCAACUCUCUGCUCUUCCUAGCUCUAGCUUCGCUUCUUUGCCAAUCAGCGAAUCUUGGAUGUCUUGUCCCCAUUAAAUCCCUGGGUUCGUGUUAUAACUGUGCUCUCUCCCUACCCACCCUAUGCUUGACCUUGCAGUGCUCUGGUGAACAGAUUCCCAUUUCUAAACACUUUCCCGUGCGCCUAUUUUGCUUGAGUCUGACGCUCGGCGCCCACGGAAAAGAGGACGUUUCAGCUUUUUUAUCUUGCCCUCCGCGCUUCCUUCAACGUCUAGCCGCACGCUCUAGACCUUCUGGCUGUCCAUAAAUCUCCGCCUUCAGCCCCCUCCAAAACGCUGAGGCAAUCCGUCAGUCAAAACGGGGCCAAACCGGUCAUCAACUCCACGCAAACAUUGCUUCACGCGGCUCCUGACAAGCGGUUUUUUCCGUUUCCAGGGACAUAUCUGGUUUGAAGGAGCACCUUAGGUAUAUUACCUUGCAAUGGCGGACACAAGCUCUCUACAGAGCCGUCUGGCCUCAACUACAAUACCCCUUGGUCAAUUGGACGAGAAGACGGGACUUGGUGCUUCGAAGAACUACGGCCUCGAUGAAGAAGAAGAAGAAGAUGAGGAUAUGGAUGCUCUAAUAGAAGAGCUCGAGUCUCAAGACGCUGGCAUUGACGAGGAGGAGGAGGACACCCAGCCAGGAGGCGCUAGGACGGUUCCGGAGGAACUGCUCCAGACAUCGACACGCGAUGGUCUCACUUCCGCCGAGGUCUUGCAACGACGGAAGAAGUAUGGCCUAAACCAGAUGAAAGAAGAGAAGGAAAACCUCUUGUUGAAAUUUCUGGGCUUUUUUGUCGGCCCUAUCCAAUUUGUUAUGGAGGCUGCUGCCAUUCUUGCUGCCGGUCUUCAGGACUGGGUUGACUUUGGUGUGAUCUGCGCGUUACUGUUGCUUAAUGCUUGUGUUGGUUUUGUCCAAGAGUUCCAGGCCGGCUCGAUUGUUGAAGAAUUAAAGAAGACACUGGCCCUCAAGGCCACUGUGCUUCGCGACGGCAAGCUUCAGGAGAUUGAGGCCUCAGAGGUAGUACCCGGCGACAUUCUCCAGGUCGAGGAGGGCACCAUUAUCCCCGCCGAUGGCCGUAUCGUCACCGAAGGUGCCUUUCUUCAAGUCGAUCAAUCUUCCAUCACUGGCGAAUCUCUAGCUGUUGAUAAGCACAAUGGAGAUACCUGUUACGCGUCCUCAGCUGUUAAGCGUGGCGAAGCUUUCAUGGUCAUCACAGCGACUGGCGAUAGCACCUUUGUCGGUCGCGCUGCCUCUCUUGUCGCGUCAGCCUCAGCCGGUACUGGCCACUUCACGGAGGUGCUGAACGGUAUUGGAACUAUACUUCUCGUUCUCGUCAUUUUAACGCUACUCGUUGUCUGGGUUUCCUCAUUCUAUCGAUCCAACGGUAUUGUGACAAUUCUGGAGUUCACUCUUGCAAUUACUAUCGUCGGAGUACCUGUCGGUCUUCCAGCCGUUGUCACCACCACCAUGGCUGUCGGUGCCGCGUACCUUGCCAAGAAACAAGCAAUCGUCCAGAAACUUUCAGCCAUCGAAUCUCUUGCCGGUGUGGAGAUCCUUUGCUCAGAUAAGACCGGUACUUUAACAAAGAAUAAGCUUUCCUUGUCAGAGCCUUAUUGCGUUGAGGGCGUUGAUCCAGAAGAUCUUAUGCUCACGGCCUGCUUGGCUGCUUCGCGCAAGAAGAAGGGUAUUGAUGCCAUUGAUAAGGCUUUCUUGAAGUCGCUGAAAUACUAUCCCCGUGCGAAGGCAGUCCUCUCCAAAUACAAGGUCAUUGAUUUUCAGCCCUUCGAUCCUGUAUCGAAGAAAGUCCAAGCGGUUGUGGAAUCUCCUCAGGGCGAACGCAUCGUAUGCGUCAAGGGCGCACCAUUAUUUGUGUUGAAAACAGUCGAAGAGGACCAUCCUAUAGACCCUGCCAUUGACGAAGCCUAUAAGAACAAGGUUGCUGAGUUUGCUACGCGCGGUUUCCGUUCGCUCGGUGUCGCUCGCAAGCGAGGCGAUGCGUCCUGGGAGAUUCUUGGCAUCAUGCCUUGCUCUGAUCCUCCCCGCCAUGACACUUAUCGAACUGUUCAUGAAGCUAAAAAUCUUGGUUUGUCGAUCAAGAUGUUGACCGGUGAUGCUGUUGGCAUUGCACGGGAGACGUCUCGUCAACUUGGCUUGGGCACGAACGUCUACAAUGCGGAGCGCCUAGGUCUUGGUGGCGGAGGAGAGAUGCCUGGUUCUGAAGUUUAUGACUUUGUCGAAGCUGCCGAUGGAUUCGCCGAGGUAUUCCCACAACACAAAUACAACGUAGUCGAAAUUUUACAGCAGCGUGGGUAUCUCGUUGCCAUGACCGGCGAUGGCGUGAACGAUGCACCAUCUCUGAAGAAGGCCGACACGGGUAUAGCAGUAGAGGGCGCCUCAGACGCUGCCCGUUCUGCUGCUGAUAUUGUAUUUCUGGCCCCAGGACUCUCCGCCAUCAUCGAUGCCCUGAAGACCUCUCGUCAGAUCUUCCACCGCAUGUAUGCGUACGUUGUCUAUCGUAUCGCCUUAUCAUUGCACUUGGAGAUCUUUCUAGGCCUGUGGAUUGCUAUUCUGAACACUUCACUCAAUCUGGAGCUUGUUGUCUUCAUCGCUAUUUUUGCGGACGUUGCAACGCUGGCAAUCGCAUACGACAACGCUCCCUUCUCUAAAACUCCCGUUAAGUGGAAUUUGCCGAAACUGUGGGGAAUGUCCGUCUUGCUCGGUAUAGUGCUUGCUGUUGGCACAUGGAUCACCCUAACCACUAUGUUCCCUUACCCACGGCCAGAGUCGUCUGCCGAUCCAUCUCAAGGUGUUGGUGGUGGUAUUGUCCAGAAUUUUGGUGUACGCGAUGAAGUUCUCUUCCUAGAGAUUUCACUCACGGAGAAUUGGCUUAUUUUCAUCACCCGGUCAAAUGGGCCAUUCUGGAGCUCCAUUCCGUCUUGGCAGCUUGCCGGGGCCGUGUUGAUCGUUGAUAUUGUGGCCACCAUGUUCACUCUUUUCGGUUGGUUCAUUGGAGGCCAGACCUCGAUAGUUGCUGUCGUUCGUAUUUGGAUUUUCUCCUUCGGAGUGUUCUGCGUCAUGGCCGGUCUUUACUAUUUAUUGCAGGGCAGUCAAGGCUUCGAUAAUCUGAUGCAUGGGAAGUCUCCGAAGAAAGAUGCAAAGCAAAGAUCACUGGAAGACUUUGUUGUUUCAUUACAACGUGUCUCAACACAGCAUGAAAAGAGUGCAUGAAGCACAAGAUAUUCCGCCUUUGUCACGGCGUAGGGAGGCGAUAAAAGAAGAUUACAAAAGCUAUGCGGAAGACAUACAAAUCAAUACCGACAAAUCAUCUCGUUGCCAGCGCUUUGAGAUUCAACCAAUAUUAGAGAAUUACAACGCUGCGCCGAGUUCCGACUCCUCAGACUGGCGAACAUAGUAAAGUCGCUUUCUUUCCCUUUCAAGAUGCAAGCAAAGUGAAACCAGGCAUAGUAUAGAAGCUUUAACAUUGUCGCAUCUUUUCCGAGGACAACAGGGAAUGUACUUAUAAUAGCUUCUACAGGUAUAAAGUGCACCACACGGAUUGCUCACUCUGUUGGCGCAUUUAAAGACUUUUCCCUGGCCUCCUGUAACAUGUAGAUGGCU